AUGUACGCCCUCGCUUUAACACUGGCUGUGUUGGGGUACUUCUUUGUGGCCCCCGUCGUCAAGUACUUCUAUGACCCGAAGGGGCUCAGGAAAUAUCCCAAUUUCUAUCUUUUUUCUGGCAUAUCAGAUUUACCGCUCAUUUACGAAUCGCACAACGGCUUUCGCUCCCGAAAUCUUCUCGAAGCCCACAAGAAGCAUCCAGUUUUGCGAAUCGGUCACGGUACCAGCUGCAUCAAGGAUCAUUUCUACUCAGAGACGGCAGGUUCACACGCCCAUCUUGCAGAUGUCGUGGACAAAAAGGAACAUGCCCGGAAGAGAAAGACAUUAUCGAGCGCCUACGCGGCUAAGAAUCUUGAAGAGUGGGAGUUCAAGGUGGCGGCAGUCAGCGCAAAGCUCAUUAAGGCCUUCGACGAGAGAUGCACUGAUCCACUGCCACCUAACCAGAACCCAAAAAAGGAAGACCUAACGGUUGAAUAUCGAAACUGGACGGUCCUCUGGACUGCAGCUGCGAUCGCCAAUAUUGGACUCAGUGAAGAUCUCGGUUUCCUUGAUAAGGGAUCUGAUAGAGUGAAGUUUGAAAGUAAGGAUGGCACAAUCAAAGAUGUCUCCUUUCGUGAGUGUCAUACUGCUACACAGACCGCGUCCUUCCGGAUAGUCUGGGCAUACGACUGGUUUCCGACUCUACGCCGAAUUAGCAAAGUCGUCUCGUCUGGCUAUCGGCGUCUAUGGCAGCUAGAUGCAGAUUGGGGAGGUAUUGUUUAUAAUCGUGCCACCACACGGUUAAAACGUUAUGAGAAUAAUGAGAAAUUGGACGAUUUCUUCACGGCCAUGAUGGAGGACAAGAAUGGAUUACCGAACAAUCUGGAAUGGGGUGAGAUCGUUGCAGAGAUCAGCAUUAUGAUGAAUGCAGGACAUGAUACGACAGCUAUCUCACUCCGAAACGCUCUCUUUUUCCUACUGAAAACCCCUGAUUGUCUAGCAAAGCUUCGUGAAGAGCUUGAUGAAGUUUUAGAAGAAGGUGAGAUUGUUGCACCAUAUGGUAAAGUCAAACACCUGCCAUAUCUCCGGGCAUGUAUAGACGAGAAUCUUCGGAUGCUUCCGCCUAUUGUUUUCGGUCUCCCUCGCCGAACUCCCAUAGAAGGAACUUCCAUCCUCAAUGAAUAUGUCGCUGGAGACACAUCGGUCAGCAUUUCAUCUUACGUGAUGCAUCACCAGGAGUCGGUUUUCAAAGAUAAUGCCACCUAUAAGCCAGAGCGAUGGCUGGGAGAGGAGGGUAAAGCUUUACAGCCGUACUUCAUCUCCUUCAGUACUGGGGCACGAGGCUGUAUUGGCCGGAACAUCAGCUAUCUAGAACAAACAGUUCUCCUCGCUUCUUUGGUGCACCGAUAUGAGUUUGCCUUGCCACAUCGAGACUGGGAUCCUCCAGUCCGUGAGAUGUCAAACCUGAAUCCGGGUCCGAUGCCAUUGAAGGUUUGGAGGCGAGUGACUACAGUCGAUACGUAG